UACAGUUCGAUCUAAAUCUGAAUUUCCGGUUUUGUAUCAUCCAAUCAAAGGCAAGAAAAGAGUAUCGGAAAAUAAAAGAACUUUACUUCCCUAGAUCUCCUGAUUCGUGGACAGUUUGCUCCAAUGAAAGUUACUUAGUUUUCAGUGUGUACCAUCCUGUAAUGGAUCCAAAAGGAGACCGAAUUAGAUUGAUAAAAAGUGGACAGUUGAAACUCCCUGAUUCGAUUCUAAAGGGCACCACAAUAUCAUUAACCCCUGAGCCAACGGGACGCGGUGGGUGUUUGGAGGGCGGAGCACGGCCCAGGCCUAUCAGCAUUGAAAACACCAAUGGCAAGGGGGUUGGCGGAGGUACAAUGCCCCUAAUAAUUCACCCGACCUUGAACAGCGGUUCACCUGGGUUAAACAUGGACAUCCCCCUUCCAGUGAUCAGCAGUAUGUCCAGCAUCCCCCUCCCUGUGAGCAACAUGAACAACAUCCCCUUGCCCCCUGGGGCCAUUCCUGCAGAGAAUAUACCACUGCCAUCAAAUGCAAGCAUUCCUCUACCAGCUGAAAAGUCCCCUGUGACACUUACGAGCUCAGACAGGAAGAUUCAUGUCUCGUUGGAGCACCUGAGACCACAGGGAGACGAGCUGCUGUGUCGUUCCUGUGCCAUGAAGUUCUCCAAGCAGCUGGAGUACGACCUUCACCUGCAGUCAGAGGCUCAUCAGCAGGCAAUUAAGGCUGACCUCCUGGAAGGAAGAGGGGCGACAGCACUGCCGCUGACCCAGAGAACUGACAAGAAGUCUCCAGGACAUGAUGGAAAGUCCACCAAAGUGAAUUUUACAUUCACCAAAAAGAUCAGCGGCCGGCUUACGAACGCCCAGACAUUCAUACGAGACACACGGGCGGCACCGGUGGAGAUCAGGAUUCUGCAGCCCGAGAAUAGUGAGCAAGUGGAGAGCCGCGUUGAGGAACCAGACCCAAGUCCAGAGUCAGACACUUGCAACAAAGAUGAAGCAGAAGAGGAAAAGAGUGAAAAAGUGGGAGAGAGUGUGCAUGUGGUUGUUUCUAGACCUGCAGUCAUGAGCUCAUUUGUAAAAGUUCAGAGUAAAGAUGAUAAUGGUAAAGUUUUAGACUGGCCCAAAGAAAUGAUUAAGUAUACGCAAACUGAGCCUAAAGUAAUGUUUAGUUGUAAUCCUUUGGCGUUUGAUUUUUCUCAGUUGUUUGGUGUUAAGUCCAAAAAGUCUUCUGGUCAUGCUGAACAGGUCUGUACUCAGUCUGUUGAUUCAAAGUUUGACACUGAGCAAGCUAGUAAAGAAGAGUCUGCACUUGAACAUACAGUUGCAGAUGGAGCUGACAAACUGUCAGAAGAGAAAAAGAAGUCCCAUAGGAAAAAGAAGAAGAAGAAACAUAAGAAAAACAAAGAAAGUAAAGCUGAAGUUAAAGAAGACGGCAAAGAAGCUGGUAAAGAUGAUGGUAAAGAGGAAUGUAAUAAAAUGGAAGCAGAUGAUGCUGUCAGUUCAGGUAGUAAGAAAAAGAAGAGGAAACAUAAGAAAAAAGAGGACAAAGAUGUGGAAAAUAAAGAUGAAAAAAGUGCUGAAGGUGAUGAUAAAGAAAAGAAACGACACAAGAAAAGUAAGCGUAAGAGUAAAACAGAAGAACCAGAAGGUGAAAAGGUGGAAGGAGAAGAUGCUGACAAAAAACCCAAGAAAAGGAAGAAGAAACAUUCUAAGAAAAAGAAAAGGAAACAUAAUGAGAUUGAUGGUGAAAAGUCUGAUAAAGAAGCUCAGCAAGAAAGUAAAGAAAAAAAUGAAUCCGACUCUGACAAAGAUUCAGAUGAUGAAAAGGGCAAAGAAAACAAAAAGAAGAGGAAGAAGCGAAGGAAGCACAAGAAAAAAGGCAAUAAUGAAAAUUACAGUAGUGAGAAUGAAACCAAUGAUAUUUCUACUGAUGCAAUUGAUACUGCAACCAUCCAAGCAAAUGCAAAACGUAAAGUUCCAGGAGUUGACUCUGAUCAUGAAAAUGAUAAAAUUGUAGCAAAAUUGCAAGCUUUGAACAGGACAAAGGCUGCACAAAAGCAGGCUCCUAGUAAUACCAAUGUUCAAAAGAAGAUAAAGAAAGAGCCAAGUGAUGUAUCAGAAAAGAAAACGCCUUCUGAUCGAAAGAGAGUUAAUAGUGAGUCUAGUGUUAAUGAAGCAACACCAGUGAAAAAGACUAAAGUAACACCUAAAAAUAUUGUUAAAGACACUUUGCUGUUAACAUCUACUGCACAUGUCAGUGCUGAAGUUAAAGUGGAGAAGGAGGAAUCUUGGAGUCAUAUUGAGACACAAACAAAUGAUAAUGUGAAAUCAAAAUGGGACACUAGUGAUAGUGAUGCGGACAAUGCCCUUGAUGAUACAUUAAAAAAAGAUAAAUCUCUUAAGAAGCGAAUUCCGAAUAAAACUGUAAAAGGACCCCCAAUAAAUGAAAUUAAAAAUUCAAGAGUGCAUGUAAAGACAGAAGUUGAUUCUAAAAAAGGACAGACUACUUCAUCCCAGAGAUCCAACUUUUCUAUUGGAAGUGGCAGUAAAUUACUAGUGUUGAAAACAGUAGGAAAGGCCAUAAAAAGUCCAGCUUCUAGUCGUAGCAGAUCACAUUCACGGAGGUCCUACUCCAGAUCAGGUAGCUCAUCACGCUCAAGAAGUAGAUCAUAUAGUUCAUCUUCAUACUACAGUGACGAUUCUCGCAAGAGUCGGAGAAGAAGACAUUCUCGUUCCUACUCAAGCAGUCAUUCACGAUCUCACUCCUACCACAGACACAGCCGGUCAUACAGCUACACUGACUCUGAGUACAGUCGCUCCAGAUCAUAUUCGAGUAGUCGAUCACGGAGUAGGUCACAUAGGCGCAGGUCCAGGUCUUACAGCAGAAGCCAUUCACGUUCUUACAGCACCAGUUCGUAUAGUAGUAGAUCCAGAAGUAGAGGUAGAUCCUAUGGAAGGAAACGUAAGCAUAAGAGGAGAAACAGGCAAAGACCAAGAUCUUUGUCAGUGAGUCCCGUGGAAAAUAUUGUAGCUAAAAAGGUGAAAGAAUUGGAACAACCAAAAGAGAAAGAUACAAAGGUUGACCCGGCUGAUAUUCCACUGCCUGAUCUCUCAGGUAAGAAGGAGGAUGAAACCUCUGAGGCAAAGUUGCUUAAGUUGAAAGAGAAAAAGCGCAGGACUGAUGUGGGUGAAACUGUUGCAAAACUUGUAGAAAAUUUACCUGAAAAUAUUCCACUUCCAUUCAGUGAAGGCGAUGUCAAGACUGUUUCUUCAGACUCUCUACCACAUGGUUCACCAAAAGAAGCUCCUAAGGAAACUGACAGCGGGUUUAUAGGCCCGAAAAUGCCUGCACCACCGCCGCCACCCCCGAUGGGCAGAGGUUUUGGACCCAACCAUGGACCUCCUGGUCCUAUCAGGCCAUAUGGGCCUGGCCAGUGGGAUGAAUGGGGGUACCAUGGCUGGGACGGGCCCCCAGGACCCUGGGAUGGUCCUGGACCGGGACCAAGACCAUACCGCGGUAUGAGGCCUCCGUUUGGAGAUCCACGAAUGUACGGACCUCGGCGAGGUCCCCAUCCUUUCAUGAACCGUCCCCGUGGCCCUCCACCACCCUACGGUAUGGGACCACGAUACCCAGGUCCACAUGUCCCAUACCCCGAAUAUAUGGACUAUGACUAUGACCCGCAGUAUGCUCAAGAGAAGGCUCAUGAGGAAGCCAAGGAAGAAAGUAAGACACCACCACCACUACCCAAAGAACCACCAAAGUCUUCUACUCCCAAGCCUCCACUGCCUAAAAAGAAGGAAAAGAAAGAACCGGAACAAAACCCUGAUAUUGUUAUACCUCCAGAGCAAGCUGAACAGUACAAAUACCUCCAAAAGCAGGCCCAGAAGCAUGCUAGACGGCAACAACGAAGACAAGCCAAGAGAGAUCUGGGUGAGCCUGAUGAUGAUUCAACCUCUUCUGAGUCUGAACCUGAAGAGCAGCAAGUGGUUGCAGUGGAAGCCUUAGAGGAAGCUAACCUAGAUGAGCUUCAGGCCCAGAUGGUGAUACCGCAGAUGGUGUUAGCUCAGCCACAGCCUGCAAGCAGUCCCAGUGGAGCAUACAUCCUAGUCAGUGGAGGACAGCAGUACCUGGUCCAUAACAGGCCAAUGAUGCAGGCUGCCAUGCCGAUACAGGCCGGCCAGCCGGUGAUCGCAGCUGCCCAGGGAGGUAUGAUGGCCACGGCCCAUGCUGCAGCCUUAGGGGCCCAGCCAGCACACCUAUUACAGGGGCUGCCUGCCCACAUGUUUGCCACCCCAGCACACCUCGGUGGCGGUGCCCAGAUGAUGAUGACCUCGGCCUCACUGCAGCAGUUACAACAGAUGCAGCAGUUUCACCAGCUUCAGCAGAUCCACCAGGCCCAGCAGGUGCAGGCGCAGGCCCAGGCCAUCCAUGCACACAAUCAGGCUGUCGCCAUGGCUGCUGCCCAGCAGGGACCCAUCAUUGUGGGCAACCAGAUACUCGUACCUAGGCUGAGUGUACGCCCCGCCAUAUAGUAGGGCGCCAGGGCUUGAACAUUGGCUUUUACAUCUGCAUCCAGGCUGAGUCAGGCUUUGUCAGGCUAUAUAUUUGGGCAUCAGUUUGCACCCAGGCUGAGUGUACGCCCUGCCAUAUAGUAGGGCUUCAGCUUGCAUGUAUGGGUAGUUGGGAUGGAUUGUAUCAUAUCAGAGCAGUCUUUUGGAAUGUAUCAAACAUAAUUGUAUCGUUUCAUGAAUAUCGGAGGUUUGAAAUGCGUUUCAAAUAAGCACAUGCUUAAAAAUCCUGAACUGCUUAAUAAUUUAUCAUCAUGCUCAGAUUGUCAGCUUAUGACAUUUCUGUGGAUAAUUAUGCUCUCAAGCAUUAAUGUAUGAGCUUGUACUUUCUGAACCAAAUUUCUAUGUUUGAAAGACAUAAGUACAUGUAUCAUAACAAUGGAGAAUUCCAUUUUUAGUUACAAACUUUGUUCAAGUCAUUGCAAAUUAAAUCAGACAGUAUUAAGGCAAACAGCCUACUACAUUGAACAUUAAAUCUCUCUGUCAUAGAAGUUAUGUUUUUAUGUGUACAUAGUAUAAUCACCAUUGAUAAAGAUACUGUUUUUUAAUGAAACAGAAAUUAAAGGUGUUUUAUUUAUUUCAUGAAGAUUUUUUUACUGCAAACGGUGUAUAUAUAUAUAUGUGAGAUACCUAGUUAAUGGUUAUUACAUGUGCUCUUUUUGUUGUAAAUACCUAAAUUAUAAUGUCAACUUUUUCUCAUCAUAAAAUUUGUGCUGUCAUUAAUAUGUGGAUUAGAUAUGUAUAUAAUGAUCAGAAAAUAUUUAUCUUCAUUGAUGUUAUUUUUACUGUCAAGUUAUGCAUUCAUUAUGUGUUUGUGAUACAUUCAUUAUUUAAAAAAAAAACACUUGAAAAUGUAACAUGAUAUUAUAUGAGUAUCAUUUAUGUUCAUGUUUAAGGAUUAUUGCUCAUAUAUUAUUGACAUACAUGUGUGUACUCAUUUUGAGUUGACAUACUUGCGUACGCUCAUAAAUUGUUGCCAUACAUGUGUACACUUGUUAAGCUUUGCUCAUGACUAGCAGGUGGUUCAAUGUAGCUUCCAGAAUGUUGACAGAGAGUGUUGUAGACUGGAAGCGCAUGUGGGUAGCUUAAGGGCUGAGUGUCCAACUACUGUAUCUAAUAUCUACAGGUUAUAGAGAUACAGUAGUUUAGCACACAACCCCUGAUGUGUGAUGGAGGGAAAAUGUCAGAUGGCCAAUUUAUGUGUGCAGUGUUUUAUUAGUCCCCUACCUGUUUCACCGGAGGGGACUUAUGGUUUGAGCUCUGUGUGUCCGUCAGUCAGUCAGUCAGUCAGUCUGUCACACUUUUCUGGAUCCUGGGAUAACUUUAAAAGUUCUUAAUAUUUUUUCAUGAAACUUGAAACAUGGAUAGAUGGCAAUAAGGACAUUAUGCACGUCAUUUCAUUUAGUUCCUACGUCAAAAAUUCUGGUUGCUAUGGCAACAAAUAUUUAAAAAAAAUAUUUAUUUCUGACAAUGGUGGAGCCAGUAGGGGACUUAUAUUGCUUGACAAUAGUCUUGUUAUUUUUAUAAGCAUUUAUGGUAUUUAGAUGUUCAAACUGGAAAGUUUUAUUGUGUGUCUUCUAUAUUUGAGUCUCAUGCACUGAGAACAUUGGGCUUAAUGCAUAUGCAUUAAGUGUUGUCCUAGAUUAGCCUCGGCAGUUCGCACAGGCUAGUAAGGGAUAACAUUUUCCGCUUAAAGUGGAUAUUGCAAAACAGAGACUUUAAACAAAAAUACCAUAAAAGCUGUUAUGUUUGUUAUGUUCUGACACAAUUUUCUAACUACAAAUUGGCCAACUGCCUCUUUUCCAUCAUAUUUAUUUAAGUGUUUUCUUGUGUUUAAGCUUGUACUUGCAUGUCUGUAUAAUUUAUCUGUUGUAAGGGUGCCAUUGAAGAACUAACAAAAAAACUCGACUGAUUUUCAUUCUUUUGUACUUGACCUUGUCAAAUAACUGUAACAUACGUUGCACAAAGUUUUGUUUUUGUAUUUCAAGUUUCACAUGAGAACUUUUUUUCUACAUUCCUCUUAAUGUGUUAUAAGUCUACACUUUGCAGUGUAUUUCAAAACUUUUACUCAUUGUACAGCCUUUGAAAGUAGAUAUCUCGUUGUUUUAUAGCAUUCUUUAAAUUGAUUAUUGGUCUUCUUAACUUUGUUGAUUUUUUUGUGGAUAAUAUCUUCAAUUCAAUUUAUAUCUCUUACCAAAAUAACUUUUGUUUCUUUGUCAAUAUUUGUACAUGAUCAAAUAUUUUUUUUGGAAUUCUUUAUAUCAGGCAUAUACCAUAGCUUAUUUUCACACUGGUUUACAUGUAUACUCGUGCCAACCAGUCGUGUGUUGAACUCUUCAAUAUAAUGGUACAUUACAAUCUACUGAAGAGUUUUGAUUUACUUAAACAUUGUCAGGUAAAGAUAAGUCUUUUUAUAAUUGGGCUUGAACAUAAUUGUUAACUCUUUCAGUGCUGAAACCGAAUUUUGAAGGCCUUUGCAAACAGUUUGGAUCCAGAUGAGACGGCACAGAACAUGGCGUCUCAUCUGGAUCCAUACUUGUUUGCUAUUCUGAUAGUAUUCUUUGAAAAAAAUAUAAAAAAUGCUUAUUUAAGAAAUUCAGCAGACCACAUUUUAGCAGACGACAAAUUUCCCAGCAUGUGAAGGGUUAAUAAGAAGCUAUGUUAUUGUAUGAUCACAUGUAAAUGAUAUACAAUAUUAUUUAUAUACCUAAGUUAUUUCCAAAACUCUGGCACACAGCUUUUACUGAAAAUAUUUUUCUGUCCUAAUUGUACACAUUUUAAAAUGGUUGAAAUAAAUAAUACAUCUAUUGACAUUAUACGGCUAACAAACAUAAAUGGAUUCAAAAGAACUGUUGCGACUGUCUGUUUGUAAAAGUAUGAUUUUAUUUUCUUGGGUUUGGUUGGUUCUAUUUGAAAUACAACUGGUGUGUUGAGCAUUGAGCAUAUCAAUUGUUGUGUGAGAGUAUGUUGUAAGAUCUUAUGUUUGUUUUUAAGUUAUGCAUUUAUUGUACACAUUUCUCACUUGUUGUUUUACUUGUGUUUUUUAUGGCCAUAUGUUGAUGACAGUCAUGUUACAUUGAUACAUACAUGUUAUGAUCCUUGAUUGGACAUGUAAUUGAUUAAAUUAUGAAAUUGA